AUGGCAUCGCCGGAGAGCACCGUGCGUGGCUCGGCCGAGCACUGCAUCUUCUUGUGGCUCGGCGGCGGCAUGGCCCAGAUCGAUACGUUCGAUCCCAAGCGUCAAAGCAGCGACGGCCGCAAAGAUCCCGGCUCGGCCUACGGCUCGAUUUCCACGGCGAUCCCUGAUGUUCAAGUGACCGAGCAUCUCUCGCGGACCGCACCGCUGCUCGAUCGGGCGGCUCUGGUUCGCACGGUGCAUCACGACGAGAUCGACGAACAUUCGGCCGCUUCGUGCCGGCUGCACACGGGGCGCCCGGUGAGCGGAACGAUUGUUUACCCUUCGCUCGGUUCGGUGAUCGCCCAUCAAAAGGAACCACUGUCCGACGCGGUUCCCAGCUACGCGCUGAUGGGGCACCCCACGCCCGGGCGCAGUCCCGGUUUUCUGGGACCCGACUAUGGGUUUGUCUACCUGAACGAUACGAAGUCCGGCCCCAAGGGGCUGGUUCGCCCCAAGCGGAUUAGUGAAGAUCGCGAUGCGCGACGGUUGAAGCUACUGGCACAAGCCCGCGAGAACUACACAGCCCGCAACGCGGGCGAUGCGGCCAUCAACGAAUAUGUUCGCACCAGCCAAAAGGGCUUCGACCUGGUUGGUCCCGAGUUUCUCAGCGCGUUCGAGUUGGACCGCGAGCCGGCCGACAUUCGCGAGGCCUACGGCAACGAGUUCGGCCAACGCUGCCUGUUGGCCCGGCGGUUGGUCGAACGGGGCAGCCGGUUCGUCGAGGUCUCCUUCAACAUGGGCUUCGUCAACGGCACCGGCUGGGACACGCACAACGAAGGUCAACAGAAACAACAUGUGUUGAUCCAAACGCUCGAUCAGGCGCUCUCCACACUAAUCACCGACCUGGAAGCAAAGCGGAUGCUCGAUAAGACGCUGGUUGUGGUGUCGACCGAGUUCGGUCGGCCUGCGCGGUUCGACGGGGGCGGGGGUCGUGGUCAUCAUGCCGACAACUUCACCUGCGUAUUGGCCGGCGGCGGGCUCCGCACCGGGCAGGCGAUUGGCGAGACUGAUGAGCUGGCGAUGAAGGCCUUGGGUUUCCGCGUUUCGGUGCCAGAUUGGUUCGCUACCAUUUACGCGGCGAUGGGCAUCAACCCCAGCGAAGAGCUUUACGCGGGCGACCGUCCGGUGCCGAUUACUGAUCGCGGAACCCCCAUCUCCGAGCUAUUUAGCGUCUCCGGCUGUCGAGACAACUUGUUCUCGCCGUCGACCGAGAUGCCCCCAGCGGUGCCUCCUGCAGCGGCGGGAACACCGGGCGCUGAAGCUCCGCCCUCAGGCAGCAGGUCAACCGGCAAUGGUUCGGCUGCCCCGCGGUCCGAGUUGUUCAUCCCGCAGGUUGAGCCAUCUCCGCCGGCCGAUGCGGCCGAGACGGUGAAGAUCAAGCCGGCCGCUACAGAGAAGAUCGCGACCAAACUCGAAGAGCCCUCCCAGGAAGCGACCUGGUUCGAUCGGGUGCGGAAGGCCAUCAGUGCUUCGGUGAGUGUGAUUGUGCACUUGCUGCUGUUCAUCGCAUUGGCGCUGUGGAUGCUUUCGGCCGAGGAUGAAGAGCACCCGUUGGUUUUGGCCACCAGUUGGUCGGAAGAAGAAGGCGACACGAUGGCCGAGUUGGAAGAGUUUGCCCCUUCGGUGGAGAUUGAAACUUCCGAUGCCAUCGAGGCCGAGGUGAUCGAGGUUACUGACCCCUUCGAUCAGAUUGAAAUGCCUGCACCGGUCCCGGCCGAUCCGAUUCUCGACACGAUGGGCGUUGUUGGCGGUGGAUCGGUCGAGGGUGAUGUGAAUCAGGUUCUGCAAGGCCGUGCCGCGGGCAACCGUGCUGCAUUGGUGCUGAGCGGGGGUGGAAACGAGUUCAGCGAAGAGGCCGUCGCGUUGGGUCUCAAGUGGUUGGCCCGCCAUCAACAUAGCGAUGGUCACUGGAGCCUGCACGAGUUUCAUUUGACCGGCGACUGCAAUGGUCAAUGCACGGGCGGCGGAUCACAGAGCAACACGGCCGCUACGGCGCUGGCGCUGUUGCCAUUCUUAGGAGCGGGGCAAACACACCGCGCCGGUGAAUACCAGGAUGUGGUCGACAAAGGCCUGAAGUGGUUGGUUCAAACGCAACAGCCCGACGGUGGAUUCCUUGGGCCCGACUUCCGCAUGAUGUACGGCCACGGUCAAGCGGCCAUCGUCCUGUGCGAAGCCUACGCGAUGACCCACGAUUCGUUCCUCCGCGAGCCGGCCCAGAAGGCGAUCGAUUUCAUCAUCGAUGCUCAAAACGCCAUCGGCGGGUGGCGGUAUGUGCCGGAGCAGACUCCCGGCGACACCAGUGUGUUCGGGUGGCAGAUCAUGGCCUUGCGUAGCGCAAGGAUGGCUCACCUGGAGGUGCCAGACAAAACCUUCGAGUUGGCCGAAACCUAUUUAGAACGCGCACAAGUCGACGAGUACGGUAGCCGGUAUGCCUAUCAACCGCGGGGUGGUCCGGAAGCGGCGAUGACCGCCGAAGGACUGCUGUGCCGGCAAUACUCCGGCUGGCGCCCGGACGAACCGGGGAUCGCGCGUGGGGUGAAUUACCUGCUGCAAGAACACUUUCCUAAUCCUGAACGGCCCAAUAUCUACUACUGGUACUACGGCACUCAGGUUCUGCACCACCUCGGCGGGCCGAACUGGGCGAUGUGGAACUCGACCGUGCGCGACGCGGUGAUCAACACCCAACACAAGCGCGGGCACAUGGCCGGCAGUUGGGAUGCGGUUGGUCCUCAGACCAGCAGCGGAGGGCGGCUGUACAUGACCGCCAUGUCGAUCUGCAUUCUCGAAGUCUACUACCGGCACAUGCCGCUCUACGGUGAGAUGGCCGUGAAGUAG